AGCUCUUGUUGAAAAAAAAAAAAAAAAAAAAAAAAAAAAAAAAAAAAAAAAAAAAAAAAAAGCCCUUCAUGGCUUCCGGACUGAAACCUUCUUUUCUGCUGCAAGAGGCAGCAGAAAAGAAAAGGCAAGAGGAGGAGAGGCAGAGAAUGGAAACAGAACAGAGGCGGAGGAGACUAGAGCAGGAGAGGCGGGAAGCGGAACUCAGAAGGAUGAACGAGGAAAUUCAAUCAGAAAUGCGGACUAUAGCAGCAGUGGCCCGUGAGCUCCAGAGCUUCAGAGCUGAGGUCAAGAAUGAGAUUAAGCUCCCGCUGAGUGUCCGCAGCAAGACACCCAAGGAGAAAUCCAAAGGGAAGAGUCGAGCGGUAGAUGAAGACUGCCUCCGAGAGUACCUAACGGGCGAAGCCGAGACAUCGAGAGACGCAGAGGAGAGGGCGCUAUGGACAUUCACGAGACGGAACAGAGGUAGGAGAGUAGCUAGGGGACUGCACUCACCUAGUGAUACAGAAGAAGGCGGCAGAAUCACCCAGGAUAGCGAGCCGAGGAUGAGCAAGGACAGCGUAGAAAAGAAGGUGCCUGCGGCAAACGGACGCGAAGGCAUGGUAGAAUAUGUGCUCAACAUCCAAAAGAGGCUGUCAGAGAAGACCGCACAAGAGCUCAAGCGAUUGUGUGAAGCGGAGGGAAUCGAAUACGUCAACAAGGAGCAAGCAGUCAAGGAGCUGGUGAGGAUCCGUACUAAGAUGGCAUAUGAAGGCUGCUUCGAGGAUCAGGAGGCGAAGCCGCACGACGGCAGCCUUAGUACAACAUCCAAGAAGAAGGGAUGCAGGAAAGGGAAGCGGGAAAGGUUAGCGGCAGCUAGAAGGGAAGGGAAGCAGAGAUCAGGAGGAGACCAGAAGAACGGGCUGAUUACAUUCACUAGACAAGAUUACCUGGAGAAGACGACAAGCCUGAGGAGGAUACUCAAAGAGGCGCAUACAGAGGCAAGGAGAGAAAUCAAGAUAAGCAGCCAUGGAGGAAGCAUCUGGGGAGAGGACUGGGCGGUUACUAAGCAAGUGUUUGGAAGCUCUGUUCUUCAUUUCAACGGCAAGAAACUGCCGUUUGCCCAAGCAAAGAGCAUCUUACAGGAGGAAGGAAGUUUCUGGAUUACGCAAAUCAAGAGAUCAGAGAAUGCGCAAGAAAGGAGGAAAGGAUACCUGCAGCUGCUGCUUAGGCUGCCAUGGAAGAGGAAGGAGUUAUGGGGCUUCGAAGUAGACAAGCUCAUGCACUUAUAUGCAGGCGCCGGUGCGUUCCACUCCAAAAGUACGAGGAAACAACUCAAAGACGCGAUUGGCAAGGUAGUAUCGGGCAAGGUGGGCAUCAACAUUCGGAGGAGAAUUGUAAUCGCACUACAGUAUGACAGCACUAUCAAGAAAAGGGAGGUGCGGGUACUAGUAGCAGAAGAAGUGGAGAAGACGGACUUGCACAGAUCUAUCAAGAGCAUCCUGAAGAGAAAGAUGAUGGUAGUCUGGCGGAAGAACGAGACAGUUGCCUCGUUGUUGUGUAACCACUACACGGUAGCGAGGUCUGCGGAAGGCAAGUGUACAUGCAGCGAUUUUCAGCUUCCCCGUAGCGAAGGGCACGUCCUCACCCGAAUAUCAGAAUUGACGGACAUCCGACCAGAGCUGACGAACAGCAGGAACAUUGCCAGGCCGACGUGGAAGCUUCGAGAGAAUCAGCUCCAGUCUACAAUAUUUCAAGCGGUGAAAGGUGUGCUGAAGGGGAAGAUGAAGACAACAGAGCAAUCGUUGAGCGUGCAGGACUGUUUGCAGACCAGACGGGAAGAUAAGCCGGGAGUGAUAGAGGAAGCGGAGGUGAAGCAACUAAAGAGAGAGUUCGAUGGGUUAGUAGUGGUGCCUGUAGAUCGAAACUCAGGAGACUUAGCUCUGAUGUGCCCGGCUACGUACCAUUGGGGGUUGGAAAAGAUGUUUAUCUUCAACACCGCGUAUACCCCAGUGAUGCGCACGGGAGCGAGUACGACCAAGAAGGCGAGGGAGGAAUACAAGCAAGCAGGGCUGAAGAGGAUUGCGGCCUGGAAUGGGAAGAGAAGAAGAGGGAAGACGGUAGUGCUUAAUAGGAAGAGCAUAGGUGCGGGAUAUGUGCAGAUCAAGUUCGAGCGUAUUAGGGAGUAUGUACGGUAUGAGCUGGAGCAUACUUUCACAACAUGCGGAGGCAAGCUGCUCAGGCAGGCGGUAGGCAUACCCAUGGGGAAGAACACCAGCCCGGCACUUGCCUGCGUAAUGUGUGCAAGAUAUGAAACUGCAUUCAUGGCAGCACCAGGUAAGGACAGGAAGCUCGUCUACGGUACAAGGUUCAUGGAUGAUGCGGCAAUGGCAGUGCUAGUGGACAGAAGUGACGAAGCAUCUUUCAGGAGAGCGGAGGAAAUAUUCGAGGACUUCGGAAGAUGUUAUGGUGCGGGAGAUACUCGAGGACUUCGGAAGAUGUUAUGGUGCGAAGUUGCAGUUGGUACGAACGGAUAAUGACAGCAACACGAUCGAGUUUAUCGGGACCAGGGUUACGGCUGUAUCGAACCCCGUCAGAUUCCUUGUCGAGGCAAAAACCAAGAACCAGGACUGGAUCUCGGGAGAAGUGCUGCCAUUCAGGGCAUUCCAAGAUUUUGCCUCGUACUCAGACAAGAAAGCUAAGUCUGGAGCGAUCAGCAGUGCAGUCCAUAGGAUUAGGCAGACCAGUAAUGCGCAGUCCAUAGGAUUAGGCAGACCAGUAAUGCCUCAAGCAUGGAGAUACUGCCCCUGCUCGCCAUUAGAGGAG